UCGGCGGCCUUUCCGCUUCGGGUUCAGAGUACAUUCGGAUUCUCGGUCGCGCAGUUGCGAUGGCUGACGACGCAGAGCGACUGUUUUCGGCGGAGGAAUGGCUUUCCUUCCCGCAGAUCGAGAAGAAUCGCUACGAGAAUAUCCUCAGAAACUACAAAAAGAUGAAGGACUUUGGAUUGGACCCCAGCCUCCCGGAGUUCGUCGUGCGACAACAGAGGAAGCAACGCAACGGGUUCGUCGCGCCCACAGCCAGGCCGCCUCGAGUCGGCGUGGACGACGAGGACGACGAGUGGACGCCCGAGAAGGAGAGGACGCCUGGCAGAUAUGCGAGCAAAAGUGAAGGCGUGGGCGGUGGCAGAAGAGGCGGUCGUAAGAGGAAGGCAGAGUGGAGCGCUCCAGCUUCGGCCAGAAGGUGUGAGAACUACGAUGAUGCGCCGCUCAGUGUAGACCAAAUAGAUGUUAUUCCGCUGUGGACUCCAGCCAAGUUGGCGGCAGCUGCAAAGGGCACGGUCAAGGUAGUGCCAACAACAGCCGACAGGCCAAGUGGAGAUUCCGCUGAGGAAAAUGUUAAGCCAGAGGACAAGGGGACCUUUUCCGGUCCCAUGUCACAGGUGGCAACGGGCACAGAGAUGGUGACAGUGGAGGAGCUUCCAGUUGAGACUAAAACACUUGAUGGUGGAAGAUCAGAUGACGAGGCUCGGGGAAAAAGCUGUCUUCCGGGGGAAAAUUCCACGAUGCGAUACCCGAGACGUUGCAGCAGAAGAAAACUGUUUUAUGAAGAAAGCAUUACUAAAGAUGACGAUUUUAUUUAUUGCGCAGACUGUGAAGAAGAGAAAGAGGGAGAGUGUCCGUACCAUCCAUUGUUCCUUAUUUUGGAUAACCCCGUCGUUCGAGACGGCAGUGAGAAAGAUCGUGCUCGCCUCACAGCCCCUUGGCCCCUCACUGUCCACGACUCGAAAGUGAAGGGCGCAGGAAAAGGCGUGUGGACCAAUGCUCAUCUCCCAGCCCAUCUUGUCUUUGGUCCCUAUGAGGGCCGUGUCCUACGUGGCCAUCCGGAAGACGGCAAAGAAUCUGGCUAUGGCUGGAAGAUUCGAGGUGUUUGGACAAGCAAUACGUGCAUUGAUGCUGUAGACAGUGCAGUUAGUAAUUGGAUGCGUUACGUCAACUGUUCAAGGACUGAAGCUGAGACCAAUCUAUCCGCAUUUCAGUACAAGGGACAGAUCUACUACAAGACAGAUUCUACAAUUAGCAGGGGAAGCGAGCUGAUGUGCUGGUACGGAGACGAUUACGGGAAGGAUCUGGGUCUGUCGAGAGAGCCGUCCAAGUGGAAGCCUCCGAAGAGAGAUGUGAAAGAUCGACAGUGCGAAUGGUGUGGCUUAGUAUUCAGCUCGAAAGAUUAUUUAACGGGUCACCUAAAAAUGUGCAGAAAGUGUGUUCGCAAUGACACGCUGCUUACAUGCUCCACGCGAUUAACCAGCAGCAGUAAUGGCUCAACCAAGCAAGAAGAGGCAACGCAGUCCCCGGAAAACGCUUCUCUUCAGACGCUGCGUUCGCCAGCAUCCGAUGAACAUAGUACAGAAUGUUGGGAGUCUGAUUACAAGGGUGGAUCUGUUGACAUCCUAAAGCAACAUGUGCUAAUACACAGUGGAAAAAAUCUGUUUGAGUGUUCUGAAAGUGGGAAACGAUUUGCUGACAGUGGUAAGUUGAGGGAAACCGAAGGAAUUCUGUCGGGAGAAAAGACAUUCGAGCGUUCCGAGUGCGGGAAAAGGUUUAAUCACAGAGGUUCUCUGAAGACACACCAGAGGAUUCACUCAGGAGAAAAACCGUUCGAGUGUUCCGAGUGCGGGGAAAGCUUUAAUCAAAGUUAUCAUUUGAAGAGACACCAGAGGAUUCACUCAGGAGAAAAACCGUUCGAGUGUUCCGAGUGCGGGGAAAGGUUUAAUCAAAGUUGUCAUUUGAAGACACACCAGAGGAUUCACUCAGGAGAAAAACCGUUCGAGUGUUCCGAGUGCGGGGAAAGGUUUAAUCAGAGAAGUAAUCUGAAGACACACCAGAGGAUUCACUCGGGAGAAAAACCGUUCGAGUGUUCCGAGUGCGGGAAAAGGUUUAAUCACAGAGGUAAUCUGAAGAAACACCAGAGGAUUCACUCAGGAGAAAAAACGUUCGAGUGUUCCGAGUGCGGGGAAAGGUUUAAUCAGAGAAGUAAUCUGAAGAGACACCAGAGGAUUCACUCAGGAGAAAAACCGUUCGAGUGUUCCGAGUGCGGGAAAAGGUUUAAUCGAAGUGGUUAUCUGAAGACACACCAGAGGAUUCACUCAGGAGAAAAACCGUUCGAGUGUUCCCAGUGCGGGAAAAGGUUUAAUCGAAGUAGUCAUUUGAAGACACACCAGAGGAUUCACUCAGGAGAAAAACCGUUCGAGUGUUCCGAGUGCGGGGAAAGGUUUAAUCAAAGUGGUUAUCUGAAGACACACCAGAUGAUUCACUCAGGAGAAAAACCGUUCGAGUGUUCCGAGUGCGGGAAAAGGUUUAAUCGAAGUGGUUAUCUGAAGACACACCAGAGGAUUCACUCAGGAGAAAAACCGUUCGAGUGUUCCGAGUGCGGGGAAAGGUUUAAUCAAAGUGGUUAUCUGAAGACACACCAGAGGAUUCACUCAGGAGAAAAACCGUUCGAGUGUUCCGAGUGCGGGGAAAGGUUUAAUCAAAGUUGUCAUUUGAAGAGACACCAGAGGAUUCACUCAGGAGAAAAACCGUUCGAGUGUUCCGAGUGCGGGAAAAGGUUUAAUCAAAGUUGUCAUUUGAAGACACACCAGAGGAUUCACUCAGGAGAAAAACCGUUCGAGUGUUCCGAGUGCGGGGAAAGGUUUAAUCGGAGAGGUAAUCUGAAGACACACCAGAGGAUUCACUCAGGAGAAAAACCGUUCGAGUGUUCCGAGUGCGGGAAAAGGUUUAAUCGAAGUGGUUAUCUGAAGACACACCAGAGGAUUCACUCAGGAGAAAAACCGUUCGAGUGUUCCGAGUGCGGGGAAAGGUUUAAUCAAAGUGGUUAUCUGAAGACACACCAGAGGAUUCACUCAGGAGAAAAACCGUUCGAGUGUUCCGAGUGCGGGGAAAGGUUUAAUCAAAGUUGUCAUUUGAAGAGACACCAGAGGAUUCACUCAGGAGAAAAACCGUUCGAGUGUUCCAAGUGCGGGAAAAGGUUUAAUCAAAGUUGUCAUUUGAAGACACACCAGAUGAUUCACUCAGGAGAAAAACCGUUCGAGUGUUCCGAGUGCGGGGAAAGGUUUAAUCGGAGUGGUAAUCUGAAGACACACCAGAGGAUUCACUCAGGAGAAAAACCGUUCGAGUGUUCCGAGUGCGGGGAAAGGUUUAAUCGGAGAGGUUCUCUGAAGAUACACCACAGGAUUCACUCAGGAGAAAAACCGUUCGAGUGUUCCGAGUGCGGGGAAAGGUUUAAUCAAAGUGGUUAUCUGAAGACACACCAGAGGAUUCACUCAGGAGAAAAACCGUUCGAGUGUUCCGAGUGCGGGGAAAGGUUUAAUCGAAGUUGUCAAUUGAAGACACACCAGAGGAUUCACUCAGGAGAAAAACCGUUCGAGUGUUCCGAGUGCGGGAAAAUGUUUAAUCAAAGUGGUUAUCUGAAGAAACACCAGAUGAUUUAAUCAAAGGGUACGCCUAAGAAACCUCAAAAGAGCCAGAUAGUGCCCUGAUUUGUGUACAUUUUACUUAUUCUGUCAGACAAAUAUAUAAUAGGACAUGGAAAUAUUUUGGAUAAUGUCUUUUGAAUAACGCAAGGUGACAAGUUCAUGCUAUGUGUUACAUACACCAAAUAAAAGU